AUGGAAAGCGAUCUUUGUCCCUUUACAUUCAUCUACAAACAUGUCGAAUCUUCCAGUUUAGAUCUUGCAAUAGACUAUUACCCUCCUUCGAUACAGUCAGCGUCCGCAGAACACGGGUCUACUCGAGGGGGUCCAAGCGUAGCUCCAACACAUCUAGGGGCUCCUUGUCUAGUGUACUUUCAUGGCGGCGGGAUGACCGUUGGUGAUCGAAAGAGCUGGUUUCCUUCGUGGCUCCAUCAGAGGAUCACAUCGUCAGGGAUCGCCUUCAUAUCCGCUGACUACCGACUCGUACCGCCCUGUACGGGCCACGAUGUCCUCUGCGAUAUGAAGGACCUCUUCGCGUUCCUUUCUGCAUCACUCAAUACCCAACUUCUCUCGCUCGAGCCGAAUCACGAUCACACUAGUAGCAGGACCGUGUUCAAGAUUGACCCAGAACGGAUUGGCGUGGCGGGCUCGAGUGCAGGAGGGUUGUGUGCUUAUUUGGCAGCCGCACAUGCGUUUCCCCGACCGAAAGUCGUACUAAGUAUGUAUGGUAUGGGCGGCGAUUUCCUUACGCCGCACUACCUCCUUCCCAAAACCCGCCCUUUCUUCCGCGGUCGCGAAAUUCUUUCUCCCUCCACAUUCUCCGAUUUCCUCUAUCCUCGGUCUUCCGAUUUAUCUCAACUCUCUGGAUCGUCGCUCGAGUAUUACGGAGAAGGAGAGUCCGAAGUCUACCCGAGGGGAUAUCCGAAGAACCUUAGAAUGCAGCUGACGAGGCUUUACCUCCAGCUGGGUAUAUUCUUGGAUUACUGGACAGGGGAGCACGGGAGUCAAUAUCAGGACGGGAAGGGUGAAGAAGAUGCUCCAAGACGUGCUGGUGAACCGGGAGCGAGGAAAACUGGUGAUGAGGAAAGGUCCUUGAGCGCACGACUUCGUAUGGCGCUUACAUCCGAUAUAUCAUCCCCAAACGAAGAGAGAGCUCACGUACGAUCUCUCAUUCCGUCGUCGUCACUCUCCCUGUUUCCACAGUUUCUCGUCGAUGAGCAUUGGCCGGCGACCUUUCUCGUUCACGGAGAACUCGAUACAGCCGUCCCAGUCGGAGAGUCGAGGGCAUUAUGCGAUGCGAUCAAGAAACUCCAAAUAAAGGAAGAUGUGAAGUUGAGAGUGAUUCCUGGCGAAGAACAUUCGUUCGAUUAUCAACCGGGAGCGGAGGAGAGGUUUGGCGGAGAGGGUGGACUGUACGAUGAGAUUGUGGGGUUCGUGAGAAAGGUCCUUGGACCUUGA